AUGGAUCAACAUCAUGAAAAUGUGCAAAACGAAUAUAAUUUAGAAUUUUUUGAAGUAAAAUCUGAAAGAAGGAGAAGUUUGCUUACAAGGGGAGGAUUUGAAUAUUAUUUUGAGGCUGAAAGUAGAACACAAGAAGGUGUUGAGUAUUGGAGGUGUAUAAAGGUUAGAAAUGGUUAUUGUCCUGCCAGAAUACACGUUAUUGGAGAAUGGCAUGAAAUAAACGAAUUAAGAUUUAAGCGUGGAAAAAUUACAAAUGGAAAUCACAACCAUGCUGCAGUUCCGGAGAAUCAAUCGGCAAAUUCUGUAUAUUAA